AUGACGUAGAGCUCAUGCUGCGAAAACAGCAGCAACGUUAUUAUAGGUGUUUCGUGAAACAUAACAUAUUUUCACUUGAGUGAAAGUUGUUUCAACUGUGUUUUCCACGAAAAAAUGCCCUUCGCGGCACUAGUUUGGUAUAUGACAAGCAAUACAUAUUCAUCCGCUUCUACAUGAGUGUCAAGAGUACGUCAGUACCCGGAUGGACUGUCAUGGCCGCCGUCGCUGUGGAUCCAUAGAGAGGAGAGAAGGAAGGCAAAUGUUCGACUGUGUGCUUUUUUUUGUACCGUAACCUCCUUUUUACAAUGCCGGACGUUGACGGGGACGCCACCUGAACUUCCAUCGAGUUCAUAGCACAGUGGCCACACCGCGACCUCUUCUUCAGACCCGACAUGCAUUAAUGUCUGAGUUUGUCCUAAAGGAGUACAGAUAACUGUAGAUUUACAACUAUGGAAGAAGACCUCACAAUACUUAAUGACUCUGCCAAAAACUGCAACAUAUCAGUAACUGGGGAUGAAAAAGAAAAGGUAAAAGACUUUGUGUUUAAGCAUUUCAGAGAAGUCACGGAUGGGUCACUCUUCAAUAAUGGAGAAGAAUCUUCCAUUAAGGAGCACGGGAGUUCCACCAAGAAAGAUAAACCAACUCUGAAUAAAGCCCAUUGUAAAAUUCAGCAGGGGGCUGUUUUCUCUGGAAAGAUUCUGAGUUUUGGAUGCUCUGUGUGUAAAGAUGAUUGCACAUACAGCCCCAAUGAUCUCCUUAAACAUUUCCGAGGAGCCCAUAAAGGAACCCUUCCUACAUACCCUUGUGACCUGUGCGGUUUUGCCACAAACGAGUUCCCUGCUCUUCAACGCCAUCGGAUUGAGCACAGGAAUACUCUGGUUACAUGCGAGCUCUGCAACAAUGAUGUUCAGUACUCUCUGCUUUUGCUCACCAGACACUACAUCAUGUGUCACAGUCUAAAUGGACAGUUUACCUGUGACUGGUGUGACUUUACAACUCUGGACGCAGGUACAUUCGUCCAGCACAUCCAUCAUCAUAAUGAGAGUCCUUGGAAGUGUUCGAAAUGCAGACAUAUCGGCUUGAACGAGGAGGAUCACCAGAAGCACCUGAAAGCUCACUCUGGUUCAUUCCCCUACACUUGUCAGAUCUGUGGAUAUGGUGCAGCAAGAAGCGAGUAUCUUAAGAAACACACAGCAGCUGUUCACAAAGAGGAAGCUGAGAGAAGGAAUGUAUUGAAGGCUUUAGACGAUAGUGGCAGCCCAGGAAAUGCAUCUGCAAUCUUAAAACUUUUGGUGAAAAAGAGUGGUGAAUCACAAGAGGCUCAGAGGAUAUCAAAACUGUCCGGGAGUUUACCCAGCCAAAAUGGCAGGCUAAUCAAAUCAGAGAUAUCCGUUGAGGAGACCCACCACUUUGUGGAUUCAAAAAAGGAAAACAAAAAUUCGGGCAAAGGCUCUCGUAACACAGAUCAGUCCAUGCCGGUAAUGUUACAGGAAUGUGACAACUCUGAAAGUUCUGAUGCUGGAAGUCACACCAAUCCUAAUGGUCUGACUGUUCUGAUGGUUAAGAACAAAAUCUCUCUUCCCCCCAACUGUACAACCAAAGUGAUGGGAUUCAAGAUGGUUGAUGGCAAAAAACAUUUAGUUCUCAAAGUAAUACCCACAGCAAAGCAAGAUUCAUCCACUCAAAACCAUUCCUUGAUUGAAGAUGUGGGCUCCUCAGCACCAAAUCCUGUCUUGGAGAAAAGUAGAGUUCCCAAUGAGAAUGGGGAAUGCUCUAAUAGCAAGACCUCAACAUCACAAAGUUUUGCCCUUUCACCAAGAAGUGAAUCUUGCAUACAGAUAGAUCAAGGUGAUAUUAUGGCAGUAAAAGUUAAGAUAGAGGAGGAAGAAACCUCUAUUUGCAACCUUGAUUCCACCCCACCUAGAGAUGAUGUUGGAGAGCAAGCUAAUCCUUUACUAGGUAGGUCUUCAACUUGUGCAGAUACGUUAUAUCCAAUGACGCAUGACUCUGAUCAUGUGGGUGACCAAAGUCCCCCAAGUCAAACCACCUGCUCAGAAAGAAGUAAGUUUGAUAAUAACUCUGCAACAUUUAACAUGGUCACUCCGUUAACUUCACCUUCAAAAGUUGCUGAGGAAUUAUUGCUUUCCAAACAAGUCUCCAAAGAAACUAUUGAAAACUGUGGGGCUGCAGAUGAGUUAUUGAUGACUGAUACAGAUGCAGACAAAUUCAUUGACAAACACAAAGGGAACUCUUCCUUUAGCAUUAUAGAAAAUGACGAUCAAUCUUCUCAGAGUACCUCAGAAGAAAGUGAUGGGAUUGGAACUGAGAUUGAAUAUAAAAAUGACAAGCUGCAUUUAAAAAAGCUUUCAACUAACCCAGCACCUCCAGAAUCAUCCCCGCCCACCCCAGGUAGCCGCAGAGAGAGUCUCAUGGGCUGCACACAAAAUUCACCAAACCAAGAAGUAUUUAAUUUUCACAAUUAUUCCAAGGAAACAUUUGGCACUUCACCCAACACUACCCAAAACUUUGACAAUAUGUCUGAUUAUUCAGCAGACAAAGAAAGUAUUUGUGAAUCAUCACAGUUUAGCUUGACAUUGGCAGAGUCUCCAGAGCUAUUCACAGAAAGUGGCAAUGAAGACUCAACUCAAGAAAAGGUUUCCGAGAUUGACAUUGAGGUUGAUGAGUGCAUAGCUGGUGUUGACGAUCCUGCCACUGAGGAUGAAAAUCCUGAGUCAGUGCUCCAAGACUUCAAUAUUAUCAAAAUUGAGGAGGAGAGCAUUCCUAUAUCUAACAAAGAGUCAGAAAUGAAGAGUAGUUCAAAUUGCUUUGGCAGUUUUGUGGAGGAACAUUCGGACGCAAUUAUUACCCAACAACUUCAUAAGGAAAGAGUUGGAUCUUCAAGUGCAAGUAAUAAUUCUUUAAAACAAACAAAAACCACUCUACGAAUUCUUCAAUUGCCAGAGGGUAAGCAGUCGGUACUCCUGAGAACUACUGAGAAUCGAUUUGCUGUUCCGGUGCAGCUCAAGGCCACUCCAGGUUUCAAACUAAUAACCAAUUCUGCAAAUCCUCAGAUAAAUGUUUCUUAUAUGAAGCCAGGGUUAGAAAGAUCAAGUAACCCUACUGGAGUAGCCCCUACUCAAAACAGCAGGAGGACAGCACCAAAAGCAGGAGUUGCCGAAAAAGGGACUACACUUCUCUCUGCUCUUCAAUCAGGUGCUGGCACCACCUCAAAUCACUACCUUAUCAACAGUCCAGGUUUUAAGGGUCCCGUUCUCUUCUCAAGCACACCACACAAUACGCCUACAGACAAAACAGCAAAGACACCGCCAACUUGCUACUUUGUACAGAGGUCUGUUCCAUUUGGUCAGACCCCCAGUACUCCUGGUCUCAGACUGGCAAGUGCACAACUCCAGUUGAACUCGAGGCCAGUUCUGGCCAUGCCUGUGAGCUCUGCAGACAAACCCAGCAGUCUGCACACUGGUCGCCAGGCAUUCUUGCUCCGAUACAUUUCUCCACCCAAAUCAAGCUUACUAUUGAACAACCAAGACACAAAGACUGGGGCUCGGUGUAGCCAAACCAGUGAAAGUACUGGAAAUAAAGUCAUAUUUAAAAUUGUCACUCCUACCGGUAGCCGUCUUACAAGUGGCGCUCCCACCUCAAGCAGUCAACCUUUGUUUUUGGCCACCAGCCCUCAGACCCAGUGUUUUCUGGUGGCGUCAAACAAAACAAAUUCCUCUAAUGGAGUAAAUAAAUUGAUCCCCCCACAAAAUACUGCACAGAAAGAUGUCAUGGAAUCUUGCAUUUCACCCUCUCAGAUGAAUGUAAAGGUACAACCGUACGACGCAGAGAAACCUAUACUGGCCCCAAGGCCAAUUAGGCCUCCAAGCCAAAGGAAAAGGCGCAGGAAAGCAUUAUUUGACGAGCUUCCAGCAACAGUGCAUAAAGCUAGAAGACUCGCAAAUAAAACACUGACUGAGAAAGAUACUACGGUGCUGUGGAAGCCUGUAGCCAAAGAAGUUGAAAGGACACUAAGGCUCGCUCCAUUCAGUUCACUCCAGCAGAUCAAAUGCCCUCGUAGAUAUCAACCUGUAGUGGUGCUCAAUCAUCCAGAUGCUGACAUUCCCGAAGUGGCCAAUAUCAUGAAGGUAGUUAACAGGCACAAAGGUGCUGUUACUAAGGUCUCUCUAUCUCAGAAAACAAUCCAAGCUCUCUCUGAGCUCGGUGCUCUGUGGAAGAAUUCCUCGACCAAAGGUGCAUCGUCUCACAGGGAGGACCCAAGACCCCAGCCAGUUCAGAGUUCUGUCCGAGAGCGAUUCCUUCUGAAACUGAAGUUAAGGAAAAAAAGCAAAAAAAAGUACGAGGUAGUAGAAACUCAGUCGGGUUGUAGAGAAAGGCCUGUGGUGUUUGACUGCUGGUUUUGUGGUCGGCUCUUUAACAACCAAGAAGAUUGGAUUGGUCACGGCCAGCGGCACCUCAUGGAGGCAACUAGAGACUGGAAUAAGCUCUUCUGAAAAGCUUUCAUCACCUUUUUAAAUGGGUUAUUUUGUCCCUUUGAGGUGGAUAAAUGGUUGUAUAUUUUUCAAUGACCUUCCACAUUACAUUUGUUUAAUUUCUGUUCCUGUAAAUACAUAUUCUUAAAUAAAUCAUAGUUUAUCUUUUCAUAGGUGCAUUUUGUGGUAAAAUAUGUACUGCAAGCAUGAUUAAGAUCAUGCAUGCACAGGUCAAAUUGAACUGUGAAAAUGGUACACUGUAACUUGGAGUUGUGGUAAGAGCACUAGCUUAAAUAAAGGGGACAAUAUCAGCAAAGGUUGUAUGUAGAGCUGGUUUAAAUUACUCAGGUGAUUUCAUAUUAAUCUGGUUUGUCACUUUUGCCUAGUUUAAGGGAUUUUUGUAUCUUCUUUAUUACAUGUGAGGACAGGAAACUAUUUGUAUAGCUUACCGCUCAAGUUUGACAAAUUCCUUUGUUUUACUCUUGUGAUGUAAAAAUGUUAUGGUCCAAAUUUUUCCAUUUUGUAUGAUGUUUUAAUUGAAGGGGAUAUUAUUUUAUUGCAUUCUAUCUGCAGGAUUAGUUUAGAGUUUAUCAGGAUUUUGUCGACCUGUAGCAUGCACUUGUUAUGACUAGAUCUUAGAUUUUUCAGAGUAAUCUUUUAAAUUUCUAAUAAAAAGUGCUGCAAAUAGACAGGUGGUUUUAUAUACUACUUUUGCAGAGAAGAGAAAUUCUGUAUCUGUUUAACUCUGGCUCUAAGUGAAUACUGGAUAAAUACAGAUCAACCCAUU